CUUUCCUUGGCUUCAGACAUAUGACUAACAUUUGCAGUUUCCAGACGAAGAUCGCCAAUCGCAUCUGAGAUGGCUCGCAGCGAGGAAUUACAGAUAAGCACGGCGAAGCGUGCGUACAGGAAUGCCAAAGAGGAAGGGAAUAGGCAGGAAGAGGCGAGGUGGGCAAAUGUAAUUGGAGAUAUUCUCAAGAAUAGAGGAGAGUAUGUGGAGGCGCUCAAGUGGUUUCGAAUUGAUUACGAUGUUUCGAACAAGUAUUUGCCUGAAAAACAGUUGCUUCCCACUUGCCAGUCUCUUGGCGAAGUCUAUCUCAGGUUGGAACAUUACAAGGACGCCUUGAUUUAUCAGAAAAAGCAUUUGGACCUUGCUAAGGAUGCCAAUGAUCUUGUUGAGCAGCAAAGAGCCAGCACACAACUUGGGCGUACCUAUCAUGAAAUGUUUCUAAAAUCUGAAGAUGACCAUUACUCGGUGCAGAAUGCCAAAAAGUAUUUCAAGUCUGCCAUGAAACUUGCCCAGACUCUCAAGGAGAACCCCCCUAAUAAUAAGUCUUCUUUUCUCAAAGAGUAUAUUGAUGCACACAAUAAUAUAGGAAUGCUUGAAGUUGACCUUGAUAACUUGGAUGAAGCACUGAAAUUUCUCGCUAAAGGUCUGGCGAUAUGUGAUGAAGAGGAAGUCGUUGAGGAUGAUGAUGGGCGUAGUAGGCUUCAUCACAAUCUAGGAAAUGUCUAUAUGGAAUUGAGGAGGUGGGCCAAAGCACGUGAACAUACUGAAAAAGACAUAAUGAUUUGUAAGAGAAUUGGACACCGCCAAGGAGAGGCAAAAGGGUACAUUAAUCUUGGUGAGUUGCAUUACAGGGUUCAAAGGUAUGAUGAGGCAAUACUUUGCUACCAGAAGGCACUUGAUUUGGCAAAAUCCAUGGAAGAUGAGGAUGCUUUAGUAGCACAAAUUGAUCAAAAUAUUAAGACUGUAAAGGAAGCUAUAAAUGUAAUGAAUGAUUUGAAAAAAGAAGAGCAAAAUCUCAAGAAGCUGAAAAGAAACAUGGUUAUUGCAAAAGGAACACCACAGGAGCGCAAGUUUCUUCUGCUCCAGAAUUCAUGUCUUGAUUGUCUUAUUGAGAAAUCAGCUAUGAUCUUUGCAUGGUUGAAGCAUCGUGAAUUCGCAAAAAGGAAGAAGCGUAUAGCAAGUGAGCUUUGUGAUAAGGAAAAGCUAAGUGAUGCAUUUUUAGUUGUUGGAGAAUCAUACCAGAAGCUCAGGGACUUCAGCAAAGCCAUUAAAUGGUACACAAAGAGUUGGGAAGGAUACAAGUCAAUCAAAAAUCUGGAGGGUCAAGCAUUGGCAAAAAUUAAUAUAGGUCAUGUUUUGGAUUGCAAUGGUGACUGGACUGGAGCACUUGAGGCAUUUAAAGAGGGCUACAGGAUUGCUGUUGAAGCUAAACUUCCUUCCAUUCAGCUUUCUGCACUAGAGAAUAUGCACUAUAGCCACAUGAUAAGAUUUGACAAUGUUGAAGAGGCCAGGAGGUUGCAGCUUGAAAUUGACAAACUGAAGCAGUCAAAAGUGGAGGAGCUUGAUGAAAAACAUAUCGCAACAGAUCGCUGCUCUGAAACAGACACAGAAGGAGAUGAUCAUUGUUCAGAUGACAUGUCUAGUGCAUGCUUGGAGGUUUUGCGUAAAUCCAGUUCUAAUGGAUCAGUGCCUUUAGCAGCUAGUGGAGAGUCAAAUGAUGAUUUACCUCUAAUUUCACUUAUCCGACCCAGCAAAAGAUCACCCAAAGAUAAAACAACUGACACAGCAAAUAACAAUAUUUCUAAGGAGCCAGAUGAAACUUCUCCAAAAAGUUUGUCUAAAUCAACAAGUAAUCAGCAAACAGUUGUUGGACGUAAACGUGUCCGUCUAGUCCUUUCAGAUGAUGAAGGUGAUGUGCCUCAUCAAGUAGAAUGCUCAGCAAGAAGACUGCAUAAACGCCCAGUGGAUUUUGCUGCUUCAGAUGAAUUUACAAGGAAAAUCAGUCCAGCCAGUUCUGAUGAUAAAUUGCAGGAUACCUCACCAGUUGCCUCCAGAAGUCCCAGCAGGCCGUGCAAUCUUGUCAAUAUUGAAGAAAGCACUUGCUCAUAUAAAUCUGUGGGCAACAGAACUGUUUCAAAUGGGAAAAAUACCAGAUCUCGGAGCAAUGCUGAAGUUGUUAUUGGUUCUGAUUAUGCUGAUAGCGCUUCAAAAUGUGACAUCAAUGAUUCUGAAAACUUAUUGCAUAGAUAUAAUUCUCCUCUCAAAUUGCAAGCUACUGAUAAUGAGGUUGAUGGCUGCAUGGAAUUCAAAAUUGAUGACAACAAGAUAAAUGUGGCAGUGAGCUCAUUUAUGGCUGCUGAUAAGAUAAGCAUUGAACCUUUGAAGGUUGAACUAGCUUGUUUAUACUAUUUGCAGCUUCCUGUAGAGAAGAGAUCAAAGGGUCUGUUGCCUAUCAUUCAAAACAUGGAAUGUGGUGGAAGACCUCUAGAAUCCAUUGAAAAUCUUGAUUCACUUAGGAAUCAUCUGAUGAACGUUUCGGUUGAUGUGCUGAUCAAUGGGUGGAUCCAAAAGCGCUUGAUGAAGCUGUAUAUCGACAGCUGCAAAGAACUAUGUGAGACACCGAAUAUGAAGUUGCUUAAAAAAUUGUAUGUUUCAGAGGUAGAGGAUGAAGUCAAUGUGUCUGAAUGUGAACUGCAAGAUAUAUCAGUAAUUCCAUUGUUGAAUGCCUUGCAUACACACAAAGGGGUUGCACUGCUAGAUCUUUCUCAUAACUUGUUAGGAAAUGGAACAAUGGAGAAACUGCAACGGUUUUUUUCAUCAUCAGGCCAAAAAUAUGGUGAUUUGACUUUGGACUUGCAUUGCAAUAGAUUUGGUCCAACUGCUCUAUUCCAGAUUUGUGAGUGUCCUGUGCUCUUCACACGACUUGAAGUGCUUAAUAUCUCUGGUAAUCGUCUCACUGAUGCAUGUGGAUCAUAUCUUUCAACCAUCCUUGAAAAGUGCAGAGCCCUGUAUAGCUUGAACAUAGAGCGGUGUUCCAUUACUUCUAGAACAAUUCAAAAGGUUGCUGAUGCACUGGAUACUGAAUCUGUACUAUCACAACUUUUUAUUGGUCAUAACAACCCUAUUUCUGGGAAUGCUAUCAGUAGUUUAUUGGGCAAACUUGCUAUUUUGAAGAGAUUUUCAGAAUUUAGUCUAAACGGCUUAAAACUAAGCAAGACCGUGGUUGAUGGCAUUUGCCACCUAGCUAAAACCUCAUGUUUGUCACGACUGAUGCUAGAGGGCACCGCUAUAGGAACUGAUGGAGCACUAAGAUUGACUCGCUCAUUGUUCAGCUCGACUCAGGAGCCUUUGAAACUUGAUCUGUCUUUUUGUGGAGUAGCAUCUACAUACAUUUAUGAACUUAACACUAAUGUUAUUUUCAUUUCUGGCAUUCUUGAGCUGCAUCUAGGAGGAAAUCCCAUUAUGCAAGAGGGUGGCAAUGCAUUAUCAUCACUGCUUUUGAAUCCUCAGUGUUGUCUAAAAGUUCUGAACCUGAAGAAGUGUCAACUGGGGAUGGCUGGGAUUCUUCAAAUAGUUCAUGCAUUAGCAGAGAAUGAAUCUCUGGAAGAGCUCAAUCUUGCUAAUAAUGCUGAUACGGAUAAGCGGUUGGGUAUACUAUAUUGUAAACCGGCAAACAGUUCAGAAUCCUCACAGCCAAACCACAUUGUAUCUGAACCAUCUCUUAAUCCAUGUUCAUCAAAGGAAUUUGAUGAACUUGACCCCAACUACAAUAAGCUUGAAGUUGCUGAUAGUGAAGAUGAUGAGGUUAGGGAAGAAACAGCUGCAUCUGGAUUCAAUGACAGCUCUGCAAGCUCAUGUCAAAGAAGAAACUCAACUUUGGAGUGCCAGUUCAUUCAAGAGCUUUCCAUUGCCAUUGGAUUAGCAAAACAGUUGCAGGUGUUAGAUCUUAGCAAUAAUGGGUUGUCAGUUCAAGCUUCAGAAGCUUUAUAUAAUGCUUGGUCAUCAGGUUCAAGGGCUGGUUUAUCUUGGCGGCACAUCAAGGAUCAGAUAGUCCAUUUGUCUGUGGAAGGAAAUAAGUGUUGCAGACUCAAAUCCUGCUGCAAAAAGGAUUGAAUGUCUUCUGCUGGAAUUUCUUCAAAUCUUUAAGCAUUUUAGCAUCAGUAACUAUGCAGCAUGACUUCUCCGUUGGUUCUGGUAAGUUGCAUGUGCAUAUCACAUUUAUAGUAACUGCGCAUCAUUGUAGCAAUGCAUUUAUAUGACUUCUUAGGGCACGUUUGGUUCGCUGUAAUAGAAUAGAGGUGUAAUGAAAUAAAGGCAUAAUAGGUAAUCUUUUUGUUUGGUUGAAUGGAAUGGAAUAGAGGCGUAAUAGUA